GAGACGAGAAGGAGGAGGAGGAAGCGGAAGAAGUUGUUUCCCCGGCGGAAAAGCGUUGCGGCCGUCCCCCGCCGGCCUCUGGGAAAAGCUGGCAGCCCCCAGCAGCCCCGCUAUGGAGGAGAGCAGCGGUUGCCGCCUGUCCGCUGAGUGCCUCGACGAGCCUCCCAACAGCCGCGUGUUUGUGGUGCUGAGCAAGGACACCGGAGAGGCGCUGAUUCGGGAGCGCUUCGCCCCCUUCGGGGACAUCCAGAACAUCUGGCUUCUGCGGGACAAGCGCACCAAUGAGUCCCGCGGCAUCGCCUUCAUCAAGUACGCCCGCAGCUCGCAGGCCUGCCGGGCUAUGGAGGAGAUGCACGGCCGUAGUCUGGCCCCCGACACCAAGCCCAUCAAGGUAUUUAUUGCGCAGUCAAGAGCUUCUGGAAGCCACCGAGAUGUUGAAGAUGAGGAGCUUACACGAAUCUUUGUUAUGAUACCUAAAUCCUAUACAGAGGAAGAUCUGCGAGAGAAGUUUAAGAUGUAUGGCGACAUUGAGUAUUGCAGCAUUAUUAAAAACAAGACUACUGGAGAAAGUAAAGGUUUGGGCUAUGUGAGGUAUUUAAAACCGUCGCAAGCUGCUCUAGCAAUUGAAGAGUGUGAUCGAAGCUACAGGGCCAUUUUGGCUGAACCUAAAAAUAAGUCGUCCGAGUCUCUUGAACACGAUUAUUAUAGUAAUAAUACAAGGCAAGAGCCAAGAGGAAAUACACUUUCAUUUUGUGGGCACCCAGAGUUUUGUUGCUUUGAAAAAGAGUGCAGAAUUCAAGAGUCAGUCUCCAAACGUCUGUCAGUGGUAUCACGGCUUCCCUUUAUCCAAGAGCAGCUGUUUGCCCUCUUUGAUCUAGUUCCAGGACUGGAAUAUUGUGAUGUUCAGAGAGAUCCUCAUACCAACAGUGGGUACGCUGUGAUUCAGUACAGUACCGCUGCAUCAGCUAUAUAUGCCAAGUAUAAAUUGCAUGGGUUUGAGUAUCCUCCUGGAAAUCGAUUAACUGUCCUUUUCCUAGAAGAUGGGAGUGAUAGCUCAGACCUCAUCAGAAAAAUGGCAACACAGCUGGUAACAGCACAUGUGUCAUCAGUGUUGCGGAAUAACAAUGCAGUUGUUCAGCAAUAUAGGACACCUCCUCAGGCAUUUGGGGGAACUUGUGGCUCACAGUUACUUCAGCCCCAAACAGAUGCCAUACUUCCACCACCCAAAAAAAAAGUUCCACCUGACACUUCUGUGAAGGAAAGGCUUUUCAUACUUUUUCAUCCCCAUCCUUUACCUAUAAAUGUAUUGGAGGAUGUGUUCUGUCGUUUUGGACAGUUGAUAAAAGUUUACCUUGUGGCUGGAAAAAAUGUGGCCUAUGCAAAAUUUGCAGACAGAGCAAGUGCCAGUGAUGCCAUAACUGCAUUACAUGGGAAGAUUGUGAAUGGUGUCAGGCUUAAAGUAAGGUUGGCAGACUCGCCUUCAGAAGAAUCUAACAAACGUCAGAGAACUUACUGAGAGAGACUCCUUAUGAUUCAGGACUUGCAAAGAUCUGCAAAGAUUUUGCCCAGAGUGUGUUUUUCAUGUUGUUCAUUUGAUAAGCAGCAGUUACUAAAGCUGUCCUUAGUCUUACAUACAACUUGCUUUUAAAAAGAAUGGUUUUCUAUAAUUCUUUUUCUGAACUGAAUUGUAGCUAAAACUAAUCUGAAACUUUUUUUUCCCGUCAUUAGCUCUGGUGAAUGCAAUUUUAAGUAACUUGUACACAUGCUCUUACCUUUCUGCAGAGGUUUUGUUUGUUUUUAAUGUGGCUUACUUCCAGUAAUAAAAGACCAGCUUCUUUGUCACUACCAGGGAAAACUGAUGUAAAGUGUAAUGUAAUGUCAGGUCUGUCUUGACCACUUGUUACUAGAAAAGUGUAGAUGCAAUAUGCAUCCAAAACUAGAAAGGUAAUUUAUUCUCACUUAUUCUUUUUUUGGUUUUAAGAAAGAUAAGAGUGAGAAGACUGGGAGGUUCUCUUCUGAUUGUCAGUGUAAACGAUGUUUUAUUUUUCUUUUUUCAAUUCACACGUGUGUGUACACACAUACACAAGAACCCAUUUUUCUAGUGUGAUUGUGUUUGUUUUUUUGUUUUUUUUUUGAGAAAAUUCUUCGGAGUCUGCAGGUGACAAAAGGUGCAGUUGGUCCAAAAUUGCAUUUUCAAAAGGCUAAAACUCACAUAUGUUUCAAAUAAUGUAUAUACCUAUUAUUGACUAUUUAGAAAUCUGAACUCCCUUAUAAGGUAAGGGGAAGAUGUACCUGUUUGCUCUUGUGCCAUUUUACCUAAUUAGAGAACUGGAGAAACAAGGUUGUAUUUCAAGAAUAAUCUGCAAAACUACAGCAGAGCACUUUGUCCUUUCCUAGGUUGUUGCAUUUCUGUAAACUUUUAAAUUAUAAGGAGUACUAUUUUUAGUUUGUUCAAAAGCAGAUGUCCCAAAUCUCUUUUGGACAGAUUACUUGUAAUUCUCGUACAAAUGACUGCUGAAUUCUGGUACAAAUGACUGCUGAAUAUUUCCCUUCUGAUUAGCCUUUCAUCUGCUGUCUCUGUGCAAUAACACAGGUAGAAGAGCUUUCUAAAUUUACUGUGUUCUAUCUUGUUACAUCCUGUACAUAAAGUUCCCAAUUCUGAGUCUCUAGCAGGUUGUCUUAGGAUCUAUUUCUUCUUAGAACAGAAAGACAAAAUUACUUGCUGUCUUAUGGUCUUUUAGCCAGUUUCACAAAUUAAGAUGAAAUGGUCCUUAAAAAGAAAGAUUCCAUCGUGCUCCUUUUCAAAGGGCUUGUGUGGCUCUGCAUUGGACCAGCAGACAUUCCAGUUUUGAUGUAGUUUAGAGGCUUAUGUUUUGCUUUCAAUUAAAAGCUUUAAAUUGUGUAUGUGAAGGGGGAUGGAAUUCUCUCUACCUUUGAAAUAGUACCAGUGAGUUUUCACGGAAGGAAGUCAUUGUCUCUUAAAAAACAGGAAAAUCCUUUCUUAAGUCUUAUAGUAUUGCUUGCUGUUUAUCUCUAACAAGGUGACUGGAUUUCUGCAGUAGUCCUUUCUGUGGAAGGUUCUCUGAUUAAAAUCCAUGCUAAGGUCUGUGAAAGCAGUAAAAUCUAUGUGAGAAUAAAUUUAAUUCAAUUGACUAAUUUUUAAAUUGAAAUAUUUAUAAUUUCAGUGCAGCUUUUAUCUGAAUUUUUUAUUUCCCCCGUAUUUUCUCUUAUGUAAAUCAUCUUUUUAAUAUAAUUUACAAAAUUGUUUCUUAAGUAUUUUAUGAAUAAUACUGAUAAUACUCUUGUAAUGUAAACUUCUGAUCAUAACAACAGUCUCAUCUUACAAUAACCUGAUUAUCAGGAGAAUUUUAAUACAUGUUUGUUAAUUCUAAUUUUAAACUAAUCUGUCUAAUAAAUUUUGCAUGCUCUGGCUCUUCUGCAAGUCAAUGAAACUUCAGUUGUUUAUAUGAGUAGUUAAAAGUAGCAGAGAAAUGAUGUAAAUACAGACCAAUAGCAAACAUUCUUUUAACUACUUUUAAGUUCUAAUGUAAAUUUUUUUGAGGAACGAGGUUCUCUGCUCAUGUUAAGUAAGUAUUUGUGGUUGAAAUAAGAAUUCUAAAUAAUCUUGUUUGAGUUAGUAUAGGCUUGAGAAGACAGCUACAUUGUUUAUUUCUAGGCAGUUGCUAAAAGCAGAAGCUAUCUUAAUGUUCUUGGUGUUGACCAGCUUGUGCUUUCUACUCAGGUUUUUGCAUUGCUUUGAGUAUUUAGUGAGAACCUCACUGCAGUUGUCUGGUGCCUGCUGUGUAAAUUACAUCACUCAAAUAGAAGAGGAAGGAAAAAAAUUGGUAUCUGUCAGAAGAAUAUAUUGUGGAAUUCUGAUUUACUUCUAUUGCAACCUAAUAGUUCUAUUUAAAUACCCCUCCCCUCCAAAAAGCAAACAAAACAAUAACAACAAAAAAGCAA